GGGCCCUCAAGGAGCUCCUGCGCACCAAGGACCUGCGCGGCCUCGAGCCCAGCCACCUGGGAUCGCGCGCGCACGAGCGGGCCAAGAUUCUCGAGUGCGACAUCACUUGUCGGGACGUCCUGCACUUGGCGCCGCCAGGCCAGCGCGAGAUGCCAGCCGACCCGGAGAAGCGCAUCCUCCGCGACAGCGCCGACCUCGAGCGCGCGAACCAGGAGGAGCUGCCGUUCUCGCCCGACUGGGAUCCGACGUUGCGCCUCUCCAGGAAGGAGCGCUUCCGUCUGCUCUCAAGCACUGUUGCGGCGCUCAGCUCCCUCGACCUCUCGGACAGCUCGGUCGGCCCCAGCGAGCCGCUCGACGUCUGCGCGGCCUCGGUCGACUUGUGCCGCGGCCACUGCCAGUUCCCCAACCGCAAGCUGGGCUCGCUGUUUGGAGUCGACUUCGCCGAGCAGGCCGACGUCUGGGGAGUCAGCGAGAUCUUCCUCGCGGAACAGGAGUGCUUCGUCGGGGCGGGCCCCGACGAGAUGCAUUUCCCGGUCUUCGAUGGGCUGCCGAUGGGGUGGUCGCGGGCGCCGCAGCCCGGACUGGCCUUCCGGCUGCAGUGCGUCAAGAACGCCAACGUCGUCGGGCUCAGCCGGGUCGCCACGCAGCGCGCCCCGGACGCCAUCAAGGGCGACCUUGACGGGAGCGGCCUCCACUACCGCGAGGAGAACGCGCCCGCCGAGUCGCUCGAGCUCCUGGGUGUUGAGGUGGUGCUGGUGGGCCACGUCGUGCACCGCUGCCAGCUGCUGCGCUUCGGGCUUUCGACGCUCGACAAGGCGUGGUCCUUCAUGGUGGAGUUCGGCGGCAGGCAGGCUCCGCUGUGGGCUUCCGUUCGAUGGGAGCUGGAGGUCUCGCCCUGGCUCCUCUUCCUGGCCGAGGCCCGCCUCGGCGCAGAGCCCGCCAGCGUCGCCUUCUGCGGGGGCUCGUCCGCCGUCGGGCACGCGCUGCACGUCGCCUCCGUUUCUGGACCAGAGUUUCGAGCCGUGGCGCGCUAUGCCGGGAGCGGCGGCGCUUCGACGCCGUGGAGCGGAGCGACGAUUGCUGGGGCCCCGCGGGGCCGGACCCCAGCGGGCCCCUCGGCCGAGGGCCUCGUGACCUGGGCGGCGGCCCCCGCUCGCUGCCGACCGUGGCGCGACAUCGAGUCGGUCGCGCGCGCGGCUGAGGAGGCGGGGGCCCCGCCGCUGCCGGACGCGCCGCAGGCGAGAGGGCGCUGGGCCAUGGUCAUCAAGGGCUCGUGGCAGCACGACGGAGUCAUCCACGAGAUGGAGGGCCGCGCGCUGCUCAUGGGCCUGGUCCGCGCCUCGAGGCGCGCCCCGCUACGUUGGGGGCGAGUCCUCUCGAUCGGGGGCAACCUGUCCAGCAUCUGCAGCUUCGAGAAGGGGCGCUCGUCCAGCUUCGCCCUGCAGCGGCAUUGCCCGCGAGCUGGAGCCUUGUCCAUCGGCUGCAAGCUCGAUUGGUUUCUGCG